AUAUUAUAUGAUAAUAUUGAUGAUUAUAUCAUUUUUUUAUCAUGUUCAUAUUCAAAACAACACAAUCUGAUUAUUCUUUCUUUCUUCUCGUUCUUUGAGGGUCUCUGUCAAUAUUCAAUACUUCAUUGGAUUUGGGACCCCACAAUCCGUGUUCCUGUAAUUUCCUAUGCUAGAAGAGAGAGAAAGGUUCAAGAGCGAGCCAAAAUUGUCUGCAAAAUUCAAAAUAAUCCAGUAAUGACUUCAAUGUUUUUCUAAAACAAGAUAAAGGGUUUUGCUCUAACUUAGCUGGUGAAGGUUGUCUGAAACCAAAGAGGUUACUGUAUUCUAAAGAAUGAAGGUUUGGUGAUUUCAGGCUUCUUGGUUGGUGAAGUUUGGUGACUCAGAUAAUCUAUCUAUUCUAAAGUUUUGACUUUUAGUUUCAAUUGAAAUUGAUCAUUGGGUUCUGAUCAAAAUUUUGUUUCUGCACUUGAAUUGGUAUGUGAAUUUAAUGACUUGAAAGUUGGAAGUUGGCCAUCUUAGAUUUGAUAAUAUAUUGAUGGCUACAACUUCACCCCCAAAUUCAUCCCCUUCUGCUGUUCCACCAGCUGCAACCACUACACCACCACCACCACCAUCCACUGCUAAUUCUCCACCCUCCAACUCUACUCCUCCACCACAGUCUUCCUCGCCUCUACCAGAUCCUCCUGCAACUUCACCACCUUCACAGCCCAAUGUCGAUCCUCCUGACCCCCCUACCCCUUCUCCUCCAUUCUCCCCACCUCCUCAAUCCUCUCCUACUGGAGGAGCAACUCCUCCUUCCAGUUCAACAACUCCACCACCACAACCACCACCGGCGGCACCACGUCCUCCUCCUACAGCUUCACCUCCACCGCCUACGGCUAAUGCUGAUCCUCCAACUCCUAGUCCUCCUCCACCACCACCACAAUCAGCAAGUCCACCUGUGAGCCCACCUUCACCACCAACACCAUCUGAUCCCCCAAGUUCUCCACCACCACCAUCCAACCCACCUAGAAGUCCUUUGCCACCAUCAUCAACACCACCACCACCGACAAAUUCACCUCCAACAGCAUCACCAAAUCCACCUCAAAAUCCACCGCCACCAUCGGAGCCACCUAAGAAUUCACCACCAUCUCCACCAUCAUCUAAGCCACCUGAAAAUUCACCACCACCAUCACAACCACCUAGCAACUCUACCACCCCACCACCAGUAACUGUGCCACCUCCCAGAAGUUCACGUCUUCCUCCAGCAUCAAUUCCACCUACAAAUUCACCUCCUCCGCCCGCACCAGUAGCCCCUACUCCCAGAAAUGCGCCUUCACCUCCUCGAGUAACAUCUCCACCUCCUUCUCAACCAACACCUGCACCAUCAAAUGCAACUCCAAGAGCAUCACCCCCAUCACCAGUGAUAAGAUUCGUUCCACCUCCUUCACUCAAUUCUCCACCAUCUUCUUCUCCUUCAUCAUCUGACAACAAUACUAUUCCUAGUGCACCAGAAAGUUCAAAUCUACCUAGUGGGGGCAUUGGCACGGGGGCUAUAGUGGCUAUUGGUGUGGCAGUAGGUAUCAUAAUGCUCAGUCUUGUUGGUUUGGCUGUCUGGUGUGUGAGAAAGCGGAGGAAAGCGGCAUUGGGACUCAAUGGUGGUUAUAUUAUGCCAUCCCCUCUAGGUUCUUCCUCAAGAUCAGACACAAAUUUCACAAAGACACAUUCUACAACAGCUCCCCUGAUGGGAAGUGGUUCUAGCACCGAUUUUGUUUAUUCACCAAGUGAGCCAGGCGGAUUAGGCAAUUCAAGGUCAUGGUUUACAUAUGAAGAACUACUCAAGGCCACUAAUGGAUUUUCAUCCCAAAACCUUUUGGGGGAGGGAGGAUUUGGUUCUGUAUAUAAAGGUUCCCUACCUGAUGGGAGGGAGGUGGCAGUAAAACAGCUUAAAGUUGGUGGAGGACAGGGUGAGCGAGAAUUUAAAGCUGAAGUUGAGAUUAUUAGUCGAAUACAUCAUCGCCAUUUGGUUUCACUUGUGGGUUACUGCAUCUCUGAGAACCGAAGAUUGCUUGUAUAUGACUAUGUACCUAACAAUACCCUUCAUUUCCAUCUUCAUGGGGAAGGUAGGCCGGUUUUGGACUGGACAGCUCGUGUCAAGAUAGCGGCUGGAGCAGCACGUGGAAUAGCUUAUCUCCAUGAAGAUUGUCAUCCUCGGAUUAUUCACAGGGAUAUUAAGUCAUCAAAUAUUCUUUUGGAUAACAACUUUGAAGCGAAGGUUUCGGACUUUGGGCUUGCUAAGCUAGCUCUUGAUGCAAAUACCCAUGUGACCACACGCGUCAUGGGGACUUUUGGAUAUAUGGCCCCUGAAUAUGCGUCAAGUGGCAAAUUAACAGAGAAAUCUGAUGUAUUCUCAUAUGGAGUGGUGCUUUUGGAGCUGAUCACUGGACGGAAGCCUGUGGAUGCAUCCCAACCUUUGGGUGAUGAGAGUCUUGUGGAAUGGGCUCGGCCUUUGCUUGGUCAUGCAUUAGCCAAUGAGGAAUUUGAUGGCUUGGUAGAUCCAAGGCUUGAAAAGAACUAUGAUGAAGGUGCAAUGUUUCGAAUGAUUGAGGCUGCUGCUGCCUGUGUGCGCCAUUUAGCUGCCAAGAGGCCACGGAUGGGACAGAUUGUUAGAGCUUUUGAUAGUUUAGCUACUGAAGAUCUAAGCAACGGAAUGAAAGUUGGGGAAAGUGAGGUAUUUAAUUCAGCACAACAAUCUGCAGAAAUUAGAUUAUUUCGAAGGAUGGCAUUUGGUAGUCAGAAUUACAGUACAGAUUUUUUUACCCAAGGUAGCUCAGAUAAUAGAGGAUGAAUACUAGCAGAAAUGAAUAUAUAACAGUAGGGUUUGACAAUUAACAAUAGAGCCUUGUUCAAGUUCAAGAUGAUUUAGUUGGAAUAGGCCUCACCUAUAGAUGUACAGAGUGUGUAUAUCUGAAAACUUUCUCAUCUUGAAUUGGGACUUGACUUCAAACCCUCAUUUACUACUUACUAGGUCAUUUUAGCUUUUGCACAUAAAAAAAUGUGAUAUUCUUUUUCUUGUAACUAGCUCGCACAAAUUUUGUCCUUACAAAUCUUAUUAUGUUAAUAAAACUACAACGCAAUUUUGUUC